UGUUGUCGAAGGACAUAUGUGGCGGGUGAUCAGGAGAGAUGUGAAGGUGCUUUAUUCAUUUGAACUGACGAUCACAAGAUAAAUUACACUUCAUCAACGCAAGUUUGUUUGACAUAGCAACAAAAAGCACUUUCACGAUAUAGAGAUCACUAGUACGUCCCUAGCAGCACAUCAAUACCAGACAACCAAGGCAAGUUUGAURCAAUUUAUCAAUCAGCUUACAAGCAGGUUUUUACAAUUAAAAUAAAGCUAAGUGAAUGAGCCACAAAGCAUGGAUUUCGACAGAGUUCUACACGAAAAUUGCCGAAAAGAUGAAGAUGUAUUUAAGUACGAAGCUGGCACUAAACAUGGGAUAAAAGCAUUGAUGGUUAUGGAUGACUUAAGAGCUAGAAAACAGCUCUGUGAUGUGGUCAUUUGUGUUGGGACCAAAAAAAUCUCCACACAUCGUUUGGUUUUGGCAUCGUUUAGCUCGUACUUUCAAGCAAUGUUCACUGGAGGACUUGUGGAAAGCUUUGAACGUACGGUAACUCUCCAAGAUGUUGACAGUGAAGCAGUAGAAAGCCUCAUUGAUUUUGCUUAUACAGGUAAACUUGACAUAAACACUGACAAUGUUCAGGCUUUGAUGUAUGCCAGCUCCCUCUUCCAACUUUCAAAUCUACAACAAGCUUGCUCUGAUUUUUUGCAACGUCAACUCCACCCUUCAAACUGUUUGGGAAUAAGAUCCUUUGCUGAUGUGCAUUCAUGUCCAGACUUGAGAAAAGCUUCUGAAAAAUUCAUCUGUGAACAUUUCAAUGAUGUAGUUCAAAAUGAGGAGUUUUUGCUGCUACCAAAAGAUGAACUAGCUCUACUGCUUUCCAGUGAAGAUUUGAAUGUAGAAUGUGAAGAAGAUGUGUAUAAUGCUUUGAUAUUUUGGGUUAAACAUGAUUUAGAAGGUAGAAAAGUACUUCUACCAGAACUGCUGGGCAAGAUAAGGCUUCCUCUGUUGUCACCUCAUUUUCUUGUUGAUCAAGUGGAAAAAGAAGAACUCAUACAUCAGGAUAUAGCUUGUAGAAAUCUUCUUGAUGAGGCUAAGAAUUUCCACAUACUUCCAGACAGGACGCAGAUGGAAGAAAGUCUAAAUCCAAGACGGUCAACUGUUGGGCUGUUGUACAGUAUAUGUGGUAUGGAUUCUACUGGUCAUUCAGUGAAGACAGUUGAACGUUAUGACUUUCAUAGUAAUAAAGUUAAACUUAUGAGUCCUACUAAUGUUUCAAGGAGUGGUGUUGGUGUUGGUGUCUUGGACAAUAAGUUGUAUGCUGUAGGUGGUCAUGAUGGAACUUCUUACUUGAAUAGUGUUGAAUGUUUUGACCUCACCACAAAGCAAUGGAAAUUUGUUGCUCCAAUGAACAAUCCUCGUCGUUAUGUAGCUGUAGGUGUUAUAGGAGGUUUGUUAUAUGCUGUAGGAGGUUAUGAUGGCAGUAAUGUUCUUGAUUCUGUCGAGGUUUAUGACCCUAAGACAGAUCAAUGGAAAUAUUCUGCCUCUAUGAAGAACAGAAGGCGACAUGUUGCUGUGGGAGUCUUAACUGAUAGUGAUUUGGGAUUACCUUCAUUAACAAAUAAGCCUGGAUAUCUUUAUGCUGUUGGUGGACAUGAUGGAGUCAAUUAUCUUAAAACUGUGGAGCGUUAUGAUCCAGAGAGAAAUGAAUGGACUUAUGUGUCCUCUAUGGGGGCACGCAGAGGAGGUGUAGGGGUGGCCACUCUCCAUGGGCGCUUAUAUGCAACUGGUGGUUAUGAUGGCACCUCCAACCUUAGUACUUCAGAGCGUUAUUACCCGAGAGAUGACAGGUGGGCAUUUGUAGCACCAAUGAGUGUAUGUCGCAGUGGACAUGGUGUUAGUGUAGUAGCUGGAUUGUUAUAUGCAUUAGGUGGUCAUGACGGAGUUUCCUAUCGGAAUACAGUGGAAUACUUCAAUCCUAAGUUAGGCGAAUGGAAUGUUACUGGACCCAUGGGCAUGUGUAAAGCUGUGGCUGGUGUUGCUGUGGUUAAAGGAGUAUAGUAUUGCCUUAGCAGUGUACGAUAUUAUCUCGCAGUAGCAAAACGUUCCGUCAAGUAUGGUAUCCCAGGCCGAUGCACAAAAAGUGAAAAAGACAGGGGAAUGAUCUGAUGUAGUAUAAGAUGCGUUAUGUGAAUAUUAACACAAUGGAUAUCCAUCCAAAAAUCUUUUAUUGUCAAAACAAGGCAUGUCCUACAGCUAAGACCGAAGGCAACUGAUCUCCAUUACUGAUCAAUCCGUGCAUAAUAUUUAUUAUAAUUAUUAAAUUAUGUCUAUUACAAUAAAUUGUCAUCGAUCACAAAACACUUGUACAUGUUUUUAGUAUAAAGAUAAAGAAUGGAGCGUUGCAAACUUGCAGAAUCUAUGUUUACAAUAGAGGUGGACGCACUCCUAGAAACAGUGUCCUAAGAAGAUUUCAAGAUUUUCAAUUUUUCCCUGAGUUUUUCUUUUGAGAGCCAACGAUCAUCACAAUACGGAUUGAUUUCAUUUCCUUUUAUUUCAUUUCUUGAUUGUGCCCUAUUUGCGCGGACUUGAAAUCCCGUCCAGUCCUCAUUGUCGGACUUUAAACAUUACAUCCAGAUGCCAUAAGAUGCUGCGAAUGCACGUUUUUGGCUUGGACCAUCUUUCUCAUGCUUAUUUCUUCCACUCGGUGCGCUUUAUGGGUGGCAAGGCUGCCAGAGAAAGGAAAACUAUAACAUAGUCCAGUUUGCGGGCUGUCUAGGAACGUCAUGAGGAGCUGCAACUGAUCUACAGCCAGCUUGAUACCUGUUUGUAAUCGUCGUACCUUGAGUUGCUAACUAAAUUCUGUACCUGUAUUCCACCCUCUAUGUUGAGGGACAAAAUGGGGCGAGACAAGGGCGAAACCAGAAGACACUAGGAAAACUACGU